AUGAAGAAAGGCGAGUCCAACCAGGACGCCCUCCGGGCGGUCUUCCGCCCCAGGAAGCCCAACCAGGAAGAUCGGCGGCGAUACAAGAGUGACAGGUUCAUCCCAUGCCGCACGGAGACCGACUACGACCUGGCGAUGGCGCGGCUCAGCCACGACGAGCCGCUGUACCCCGCGAAGCCCCGCAGGGAUGCCUACACGGCCGCCUUGUACCACGACCUGCUUGGUCCGGCGGCAAACAUGAAGUUGAUGCGGUUCUGCACGGAUGUGGCGAAGAGAUACCUCCCCUGGGACGGGCUUUGGAGAUGGAUGGGAACGCCCACCAAGAAACCCGUUGCAAGCUCUGUUGUGAGCACAGCAGCAUAUCGGGUGUUGGAUGCCCCUGACGUGUCUUGCAGAGGCAGCAUGCAGCUCAUUGACUGGGGCUCAACGAACAAGAUUGCUGUGGCCCUUGGAACAACGGUCCAUGCCCUCGAUGUUGAGACAGACAGGGUGUCCUCCUACCUCGAUAAAGAUGACGACAACAGCGAUGCCAGCCAUGAUGUUGUGACCAGUGUGGCCUGGGCGCCCAACGGACGCCAGCUGGCAUUCGGAUUUGCUGGUGGGGACGUGAUGAUAUUCGAUGUGGAGAAGGCCACAGUGGUUGUGCAGCAGAUCUUGCAUCAUUUCGUGGAGAUUGGAUGCCUUGCGUGGAAGAGCAACUCAGUGCUGAGUGCUGGGGACACCUCAGGGAAAAUCCACAACUUUGACACCAGGACCUGCGAGGUUGCGCACUCCCUGCAGCCCCACAGCAAGCCCGUGGUCCACCUGCGCUGGGACACCACCGGGACGACCCUCGCCAGCGGCGGCAAGGACCGCAAAGUCGUCACCUCCAACCUGCACUCGGCAGAACCCCUUUCCACGCUCGACGGCCACGACGCGCCCGUUGGGGGCAUCGCCUGGUCGCCCCACAGCCCCAGCGUGCUCGCCACGUCCAGCGGCCGCUGCCUGCGCUUCUGGAACACCCACACGGGGUCCCUGAUCCGAUCCCACGAGGCCGCCGCCAAGGUCUCGUGCCUGGAGUGGAGCAGGCACGAGCAGGACGUGCUGGGGUGCCUGGGGGAGGGCCUGAACGAGAUCGCCGUGUGGCGGUACCCGUCGAUGGGGCAGAACGCGGUGAUGCGCGGCCAUGAGCGGAGGCUGCUGGGCGUGGCCGUCGGCCCGGACGGCCGUUGCCUGUGCUCGCUGUCCGCGGACGAGACGCUGCGGCUGUGGAGGUGUUUCGGGAGGGCGCCGGAGGCGCGCAGCGCGUUCCUGUCGUCCCUGAGAUAG